CCUCACCCCACCAGAUGCCAUGCUUUAGCUAAAUCGCUAUAACCGGAUCUACCCUAGUAAAGGAGCAGCCAAUGUGUCCACAUCCCUAAGCUGUCCAUCGACAUCGCAUCCCGACAUCCAUUCACCGCGUCAGCUAACGAUUGCAACAACAAUACCCAGCGACGGUAGGAACUGUGUCAAUACUAUCGCGUCCGCAUAGCCCGCGCGGAGGCAAGAACAGGCCGUUACCCCGUCGACACCCGUUUCCCUCAGUACUUUACCGUCAACCACAUCGAGACCACGGCACACGAUGGCCACAAUGGAUUACGAAGCGCUCAAGGAGCAAUGGAGUGAGGUGGAGGAUCGUGAUGGUGUUCGCUUGAGCUGGAAUGUUUUCCCCAGCUCCCGCAUGGAAGCAUCCAGAUUGGUCGUCCCGAUUGGAGCUCUCUACACACCCUUGAAGGAGAAGCCUGAUACCCCCCUUCUCCAGUUUGAGCCUGUGACAUGCAAGCAGCCCUGUCGCUCAGUUCUGAACCCUUUCUGCCAGGUUGAUGUUCGUGCGAGAGUUUGGAUCUGUCCCUUCUGCCUUUCCAGGAACCAGCUUCCACCUCACUACAAAGACAUUACAGCCAACGCUAUUCCUCCUGAACUUCACCCUGCCAACACAACAAUCGAGUAUCGCCUAUCUAGGCCUGCUCCCGCCCCUCCCAUUUUCCUCUAUGUUGUCGAUAUGUGCCAGGAAGCGGAUAGCUUGUCGUCUCUCAAGGAGUCAUUGGUCAUGAGUUUGAGCUUGUUGCCAGAGAAUGCACUUGUUGGCCUUAUUACAUAUGGCACUAUGGCCCACGUACACGAGAUUGGCUAUGAAGAAUGCGCAAAGUCUUAUGUGUUCCGAGGCAACAAGGAUUAUUCUGCCAAACAAGUUCAAGAGAUGCUUGGCCUCUCAUCCGCCGGUCUACGACCAGGCAUGCAGCCUCAGCCUGGUCGACCUCUGCCUGCUGGCCCAGCUUCCCGGUUCCUCUUGCCUGUCCAGCAGGCUGAAUUUCAACUCACCAAAGCGCUCGAGUCGCUCCAAAAGGACCCGUGGCCUGUCGCCAACGACCAUCGCAGUCUCCGAUGCACUGGCGUCGCUCUCAGUGUAGCUGUUGGACUCAUGGAGUCAUCUUUCCAGAAUGCUGGUGGGCGUGUCAUGCUCUUUGCUGGCGGUCCAGCAACCGAGGGACCAGGCAUGGUUGUCGGCCCGGAGUUGAGGGAACCCAUUCGAUCGCACCACGACAUCGACCGAGAUAAUGUUAAGUAUUACAAGAAGGCGUUGAAGUUUUACGAGAAUCUGGCUAAACGGACUGCACACAACGGCCACAUCAUUGACAUCUUUGCUGGCUGCCUCGACCAGGUUGGCUUACUGGAGAUGAAAGGGCUUUGCAAUUCGACGGGUGGACAUAUGAUCCUUACUGACAGUUUCACAUCCUCGAUGUUCAAGCAAUCAUUUGUGCGAAUAUUUGAAAAGGAUGGUGAUGAGAAUCUAUUGAUGGGAUUCAACGCAGUUCUGGAGGUGCUCACUACCAAGGAGCUCAAAGUUACCGGGCUUAUUGGACAUGCCGUCUCUCUCAACAAGAAGUCGAUUUCUGUGGGCGAAACCGAAUGCGGCAUUGGCAACACUUGUUCUUGGAAGAUGUGCGGCAUUGACCCGAAGUCAAGCUACGGGAUCUACUUCGAAAUUGCUGGUCAAGGCCCAGCAACACAUCAACAGGCGCCUCAGAAGGGCAUGAUGCAAUUCCUGACCUACUACCAGCAUUCCUCUGGGCAAUUCCACCUACGAGUAACCACGAUAGCCCGGAAUCUUAGCAGCCCGGCAGGCGACCCGGCAAUCGCUCAAUCCUUCGACCAGGAGGCGGCAGCUGUUCUCAUGUCGAGGAUUGCAGUAUUCAAGGCAGAAGUAGACGAUGGCCCAGACGUUUUGCGUUGGGUUGACAGAAUGUUGAUUCGUCUCUGUUCGAGGUUCGCGGACUAUCGAAAGGACGACCCCUCAUCCUUCCGGUUGGAGAAGAACUUCACCCUGUACCCGCAGUUCAUGUUCCACCUUCGACGAAGCCAGUUUCUACAGGUUUUCAACAAUUCUCCGGAUGAAACUGCAUUUUACCGCCAUGUGCUGAAUCACGAAGACGUCAGCAACUCUCUGGUUAUGAUCCAACCGACACUGGACUCAUACACCUUUGACCAGGAGGGUGGCCAGCCGGUUCUUUUGGACUCGGCAUCGAUCCAGCCCACCCACAUUUUGCUCCUGGAUACCUUUUUCCACAUUCUCAUCUUCCACGGAGAGACGAUUGCGGAGUGGAGAAAGGCAGGCUAUCAGGAACAGGAGGGCUACGAGAACUUUGGCUCUCUUUUGGAGCAGCCUAAGGAGGAUGCAAGGGACCUUAUCACGGAUAGAUUCCCUCUUCCUCGAUUCAUCGUCUGUGACGCUGGCGGGUCGCAAGCUCGAUUUCUGCUGUCUAAGCUUAACCCAUCGACAACUCACACCACCGGCCCUUACGGCGGUGUAGGAGCCACAACAGCUCAAACGAUCUUCACCGACGAUGUCUCCUUGCAAACCUUUAUGGACCAUCUGAUGAAGCUUGCUGUGAGCGGAACCAAUUAAUUCCAAUUGACCAGUGGCCCGGUGUGACGGAAGACAUCCGCUGGCUUUCCUUUUGAAAAGCUUCAUAGGAGCCAAGUCUCACCCGUUUUGGGUCGUGCUUAAUGAAUGAGACCACUUUUAACCAGACACUUUGGGAGCGAGAAGAUUGAUGGACCAAAAGGAUACCCCGCCAGAUGAUUACAGUGUGCGCACUUCAUUGAGGAUCGGGCAGGGUCUAAAUAGCAGCAGCUCGUUGUGCUAAUCGGCCAUCUCUGCUUGAUUUCUGUGACGGCUUCGUAUAGAGCCCAGUAGACGAAUAGAUUUGGGCUAGUUGACUUCCUCUUGACAACUAAGGUACAUGGUUCGGUGCACUCCGAGUUCCAACAAGUGAAUUGACAGUCACGUGCUCGGACCUCAUGCCUGAGGCAUGAAUAUUCGCGC